AUGGGAAUCGUCGAUAAAGCUUUUUACCUGAAAGUUGAAAAGUUGCAAAGUUCAGGAGGGUUUAGCGCGAACCUCUCUGGGACCCACCCGCGCCCCGGCCCGCAGGGCGCUUACUCCCUGGGGACCUACCCCCAAGGAAGACAGUCCUGGCGGACGUGCGGGCGUUCCGCGCAGCGAAUUGGCCCUGGGAGUGUUUGGGGAAACGGAGCCCGGCACCUCGCAGUUCCCGGGUUUCCCGCGCGUUGCUGGCGGCUGGGCCAGACCGCCCCCGGCCGCGCCCACUUGGCGCGGAGCCGCCCCUCCGCGGGCGCGGACGGCGAGGCGACCCCGGCGGCCGUGGGAGCAGCUGUGCGCGAUGGCGGUGCCUCCUGGACCGGCCCCAGCCGCGGAGGCGCCGCCGCGCCGACUAGAAGCGCUCGCCUCGGAGCCCGGCCCGGUGAGAGCAAGCGGGGGCGUCGAGGGCGGAUGCGUGCGGAGGAGGGGCGGCCUGCGUCCCCGGGGCUGGAGGGCGGCGCGUCGCAGCCCCUCGCCCAGCCUGGCCGCGCUGCGGGACGGACCGCCCCUCUGGGGGCUUUGGCAGUUGAUAGCGACGAGGCUGAGGAUACCGGGGCGCCCCACAGAGAACCGGGUCCUAGACGAGUGAGGAAACUCGCUGGGUUCAUUCAACGCGGCGGGACCGGCGCCCGUCUCUGGUCUGAUUCCCAGACCAGGGCUCUUGUCCGGGCCACCGCAGGCCCCCCCGGAGGUCCCCGAGCCCUGGGCAGGUGGGGCUUCAGCCGUGCGUCGAGGAGGCCGCCUCCCUUCCCCAGUCACCCGCGAAGCCUGGCGUCGCCCAGGCACCAGGCCCUCCUGGGGAGACGGACCCCAGGGAUGGCCUUCCCGGCAGCUGGAAGCUGGCGGUGUCCUCGGUGCCUCCCCAUGCCCUCGCGAGGGGCUGCGCACGACAGCAGAGCUGAUCGCCUCUCUUUCUGUACGAAGGUGUGCUAUGGCAUUGGUGGGGUCCCCAACCAGGUGGCUUCCAGUGCCACAGCCUUUUACCUACAGCUCUUCCUGCUUGAUGUGGCACAGAUCCCUGCUGCUCAGGUGUCACUGGUCCUGUUUGGAGGGAAAGUGUCUGGGGCAGCUGCCGACCCAGUAGCUGGGUUCCUCAUCAACAGGAGCAGGAGGUCCAUGUCAGGACGACUCACGCCCUGGGUGCUGGGCUGCACCCCCUUUGUCGCCGUGGCCUACUUCUUCCUGUGGUUCCUGCCCCCUAUCACCAGCCUGCGCGGCCUCUGGUACACAACCUUCUACUGCCUGUUCCAGGCCCUGGCCACGUUCUUCCAGGUGCCCUACACGGCGCUCACCAUGCUCCUGACGCCCAGCCCGAGGGAGCGGGACUCGGCCACCGCCUACCGGAUGACCCUGGAGAUGGCGGGGACGCUGAUGGGGGCCACCGUGCAUGGGCUCAUCGUGUCAGGUGCCCACGGGCCCCACAGCUGCGAAGACACUGUGGUCCUCGAGCCAGCCGCCGUCUCCCCAGAUGCCGCUUGUCUCUACUCCAUUGCCGCCGCCGUGGUGGUCGUGAUUUACCCUGUGUGCAGUGGUCUGCUCUGCCUAGGGGUGAAGGAGCGGCCAGACGCCGCUGCCCCAGCCUCAGGCCAAGGCCUGAGCUUCCUGGCUGGCCUGGGCCUCACUGCCUGCCACCCACCCUUCCUGAAGCUGGUGGUCUCCUUCCUGUUCAUCUCAGCUGCUGUUCAGGUGGAGCAGAACUACCUGGUCCUGUUCUGUACACACGCCUCCCGGCUGCACGACCAUGUCCAGAGCCUGGUGCUAACCAUCCUGGUCUCGGCCGUGCUGAGCACCCCGCUGUGGGAGUGGGUGCUCCAACGGUUUGGGAAGAGGACCACGGCCUUCGGGAUCUGUAUGAUGGUGCCUUUUGCAAUCUUGCUGGCUGCUGUGCCCACAGCACCCGUGGCAUAUGUCGUGGCCUUUGUAUCCGGCGUGAGCAUUGCUGUGUCCUUGCUGCUACCCUGGUCCAUGCUGCCCGACGUGGUGGAUGACUUUCAGCUGCAGCACCGGCACGGGCCAGGCGUGGAGACCAUCUUCUAUUCCUCCUACGUCUUCUUCACGAAGCUUUCAGGCGCAGGUGCCCUGGGCAUCUCCACCCUCAGUCUGGAGUUCGCGGGGUACAAGGCCGGAGCCUGCCAGCAGGCGGAGGAGGUGGUGGUUACGCUCAAGGUCCUCAUCAGUGCUGUGCCCACCUGCAUGAUCCUCGCCGGGCUGUGCAUCCUCAUGGCCGGCCCCGCUCCAAAGGGGCCGAGCCAGGACACCUCCCGCCAGCCGAGCCUUCGGAGGUGGGCCCCCGAGCACACGGGCACACACAGGCGGGCACAGGGACGCGCACUGACAUGGGACUAA